AUGGAUGAAAUUCUUUUUCGCCUUCAUCAACGUGUUGAAGCUUUACAGGUGAUGGUACAGGGUAAUAUUAUGAGCCAAAAUGGUACUGAACUUUUACGACAAUAUUUAGCUCAACUACGUGUUACGAUGUCACAGCUAGCAAGUAAUGAUAGAGUUGCAGAAGCCCAACAUUUUUUCUCGAGCAACUUAUCCAAUUUAAAACAACAUUAUGCAAAUGCUCGAAGUAAUAUCACCGAGCUAAUACAACCUGCAGUGAUAUACGGACAUUUAACACAUUUCUUUAGAAAUGAACUUGCCAUUAAUAACACAUUUUAUCUUAUAAUUGGACUUGUGAUCGGUGGUGCUGGUGGAACUAUGUUUGGGUGGUAUCUUGCCUGUCCUCCUAUUACACCAAAUUUUAUGAAAGCUGUUGUUGCUAUAUCGUAUCGUGGUAUAAAUGCUGUGACUUCCAGUCAAAAGGUCCAAGUUCCAGUUUUGAAUCAGCAGUCUGACGAAUUGCUUAUCCGCGUUAAAGCUGCCGGUCUUGUAAAAUUGGAUGAUCGAAUUGCCAAAGGCUAUGCUAAAGUGUUGCGUAGUCUGUAUUCAAAAUCCAAGGAAAGUUUUCCAGUGAUUCUUGGGAGAGCUUGUUCAGGUGUGGUCGAAGCAGUUGGAGGAUCAUCAGAUUUAUUUGAACCUGGAGAUGAAGUUUGGGCAAUUACGCCUUAUUACUUGCCAGGUUUGGCAUCAGAAUUGACAAUAAUUCAUCAGAACCAAGUCAGCAGGAAACCGAAACAAUUGGGAUAUAUAGCUGCUGCAAGUCUUCCUUAUGGUGGUUUUAUUGCGAUGAAAGCACUCGAAGGUGCUAAUUUAAAUGAAGCCACUGCUAAAAAUAAAAGAAUAUUCAUACUGGGUGGAAAUUCUCCAGUUGGAUGCAUCCUUGGACAAUUACUGCAAUCCUGGGGAGCUCACAUUACAGUAUCUUGUGCACCGAUUGGUAUAAAAGUUGCCAAAGCCUUAGGGGCUCAUGAUGUCAUAACAUUAAUUCCUGAAAAUUUAGACAGUAGUAUGGCAGAAGAUGAACUUCAGAAUAGCACUGAUUUAUUGUUAAAGGAAUUACAACUGAAUGAUCCAUUUGAUACGAUAUUUUUAACGGUGGAAUCAAAUAUGAAGCAUACGCAGUGGUUGAAUUUCAUAAAUAAGGAUGGAUGUAUUAUUAAUACUAUUGAGCCUGAAUUGUUGAGCGAUAGCUUUGGUUUAAUAUUGAGGACAAUAUAUUCUUUUGGUUUUUAUGCUAAACGAAUUAUUGAGCAUAUUUUUGGAAGACAAACGUUACCAGCAAACGUAAUACUAGACAAAUUAGCAUUAUAUGUUGAUAGCUAUCAAAUACGUACAGUAGUAGACAGGGUUUUUACACCGUCUGAUUCAGAAGUUGCAAUGGCCCAUUGUUGCAGCGCAGACUCGAUAGGUAACACAAUAAUUAGUUUUCAAGAGACUUGAAUAUUAGACACAAAUCGUCUUAUUGCCAAGAGUGCCUGUUUUGUAUCAAUAAGCGAAUUUAGUUGCCAAUGAAUAAACACGUGUGAUGCAAAGCGACAUUUAGCCAAAAAAUUAAUCAAACAAUUGUUUCAUAAUAUUGGAGUGUAUA